GUUUCACAGGCAGAGUAGUCCGACACUGGGGUCUUGCAUCAGGGGAAAAAGCGCCAACUUCUGCUGCUGCUGCUGCUGGCUGCACCGUCUGAACCGAACACUGUAAACAUCUCUUAUUAGACUGGAUACACCGUGAAAUACAUUACACUUCAACCUGGAAUGACUCGUUCAGGUGAGAGGAACAACGCUGCAGACACUGUGGGGAGUUUCACAUGAGGUGCGCUGUUGCAUCGUCAAUCUUCUGAGGUAACGUUACCAGGAUUAAAGAUGCCAGGUCUGCAGGGUGAACAUGUUGUUUCGAGCCCCGUCAAGAGGAGUAAACUGUCUCUGAAGUUCCUCCAGAAGAAGGAAACUAAACGGGCUCUGGAUUUCUCUGAACCUCAAGCAGAUGAGCCCAAAGCUGUUGUGGAGCCUGAGGCGAGCAACAGUGAUCAGGUGGUUCCUGAUCCUCCAUGUCCAACCUCGCCUGGCCUUCUCCUGCCAUGUGAGAAGAGAGAGGCCGUGGUCCCAUUUGUGGGGUUCAACAACUUGGGCAACACCUGCUAUUUGAACAGCAUCUUACAGGUGCUGUAUUACUGCCCAGGGCUCAGAGAAGGCAUAAAGAAACUGCACAACCUGUCUAUAAGCAAACCUAAGGAAGAAACUGAUGAAAGCGAAGAGCAGUCAGAAGCUGUCGCCGAGGCUUUGCCAGCUCAAAUGGAGCUCCUUGGGAGCUUCAACAGUCUGAUAACAUCAGUGGAGCAGCUGCAGUCCAGCUUCCUGUUAAACCCUGAAAGUUUCAGUGAAGGAGAACUCGCUACACCGCCUCGAAAAAUACUCAACACACUCAGGCAGCUGAACCCCAUGUAUGAAGGCUAUCUUCAGCAUGAUGCACAGGAGGUGCUGCAGUGCAUCCUGGGAUAUAUCCAAGAGGCUUGUGAGACCAUCAGGAAAGACCUGGAGGUGAAGAGGGAGGAUGCCGAUGAGACUGAGGGUGUCCAUUUGGGUUCUAGCAGCUCUGCAACAGAAUCCAAAACUCCCACAGAAGAGGACGGCCAAGUCAGUGGCAAGAGAAAGAGCGACACUGAAGUGGGAAAUGCCAAAAAGAAGCCCAAAUCUGUCAAGAGUGAGAAAUCUGAUGCAGAGGAUAACAAACCCUUCACUCGCUCCAAAAGGAAGUCCUCGAGUGACAUCACGAUAGAAAGCACCCGAGACAAAGAGGAGGAGGCAAAGGAUGAAGGGAAACUAAAUGGGGCGGAGGAAAAAGGGAGCGACGGUGAGGGGAAAAGUGAAAAGGCAUCUAAAGAGGCAGAUGGGAAAAAAAAGAAGAGGUCUAGGCUGAGCUGGCUGAGGCCUUCUGGGAAACAACCAAGUAUUUUCUCCAAGUUCCUCAGCGUGGGGAAGAUCAGCUCUGCAAAGAAUCAAAACAAACCAGUGCAGGAGAACGAGCCGACCGACGACCAAAGUCUGAAUGAGAAGACCAGCGAGGAGAAAUCACCGCAAAGCGUGGCUGAAGACAAGAAAGCAGUAAAACUUCAAGAGGGCCUGGACCUGAUGGAGCAUUUGUUCCAGGGCCGACUGGUUCUGAGGACUCGCUGUCUGGAGUGUGAGAGCUUCACAGAGAGGAGAGAAGACUUCCAGGACAUCAGUGUCCCGGUGCUCGAUGACGAACCCAGCAGCCCAGACGACCUCUCUGAGGUUUCUCCUGACCCCAAACCAGAGCUGAAGACUCUGAAAUGGGCCAUCGCCCAGUUUGCUUCAGUGGAGCGCAUCGUUGGGGAGGACAAAUACUUCUGUGAGACGUGUCAUCAUUACACAGAGGCUGAGAGAAGUCUACUGUUUGACAAAACUCCUGAAGUGAUCACCAUUCACCUGAAGCGCUUCUCUGCCAACAGUUUAGACUUGGAUCCAUAUGCAGGUCUAUCUAAAGUGAACACUCCGUUGCAGACCCCUUUGACCUUAUCCCUGGAAGAGUGGUGCACCCGGCCCUCAUCCACGAAGGGUCAACGCUAUCAGCUGUUUGCCGUGGUCAUGCACAGUGGCGUCACCAUCAGCAGCGGCCAUUACACCGCCUAUGUCCGCAUGUCUGAUCUGAAAGAUGUGAAGCUCUGGAUGCGGAAAAGAAAAGAAACAGAGGAGGAAGAGGAGAAGGAAAUAAAAGAGGAAACGCGGGUGAAAGACGAGGUGCUGGAUUAUGAUGAUGGAGAGGUGUCUUUCAGCCUGAAUGCAAGGGGACAGAGAGGUGCAAGUUUGGCUAGUAGUAAAACGGGAGGAAAGAAGUCGUCAGAGGGGGCUGUUGGACUCUUGGGGGGCCAAAGGAGUCUGUCAAGUUGUGACCUCGGGAGCAGCGGCAAACACACAGAAAAAGCAGCCAGCAGUGGAUCAACGGAGAGAUCCAAACGGAGGAAACCCGUCAACAGCCAGGGACAAAAUACUGAAGCAGGACUUAAGGAGGAUAGAGUAGGAGAGGAGGCGUCAACGUCUUCCUGUGGCGGAGUGGAGGCCACAGAGCAGCAGGCUUUGAGCAACCUCAUGGAAUAUGAGGGCAAAUGGAUGCUGUUUGAUGACUCGGAGGUGCGUUUGUUCGAGGAGGAGGAGUUCCUGCGAGCCUGCUCUCCUGAGACAUCGUCCUCAUCGACACCUUACCUGUUGUUCUACAGAUUGAUGCAUGAACCUGGACACUAACAUGAACACAAGGGGGGGUUUUGCCAGAUGGGUUUUUUUGGCAGCAGAGCACCCAGACAAAGUACAGUUGUAUUUUGAAAUACAACACAGUGCCAACAUACUGUGGCUGCCAUAUUAGCACCUGAACUGAAGAUAUGUUUCUCAGAGCAAACAUCCGCGUGGACUCUCACCUCAGAUGUCCAUGAGCCAAUUCAGGUUCAAAAGUCAUAUUGUAGAAAUACUCAGACAAAUGGGGAUUUCAUUUUCUACGUGCCAUGAUUACUUUAGCCUUUUUUUUGGGGGGGGAGGGGUCUCGUCUCUGUUAAGUACAGUGACCUGUUUAUUGUUUUUUGCUCUGUACUAUUAUUUCUUGUACACUGGCUUUACUUUUUCUGUCUUUUAACAUGUUCCAUUUUCUCAAUUAUUGAGUUUGUACGAUUCCUUCUUGCAAAUUGGAAAAGCACUUUUGAAGUAAAAUUUAAUAAGUAAAAAUGCAAAAUGUUGGAGAAUGUCUUUUUCUAGCUGAAUACUUUUCUAAAAUCAAUUUGCAUUUACAAAAGCCUGUGUAUAUUUGGAAUAGACUAUUCAAUUAAAAGCCAAGAUAUGGGCCAAAUAUCCUUUCCAUUUGCAAUGCAAUACUUAAUAUGAUUCAUGAUUUUCUGCAGUAUUUCUAUAGUUUAAGAAAAGACUUUUGUAUUCAUUGGAUUGGAUAAUUAAUAUUGCAUAGCUUUGUGUGAAAAAUAUGGUCAUUAAAAUAUUCAGUAACGGUAA